UCCCCCUUUUAUUCCAAUGUUAUUUAGAGUUUUUUUUUGUUAUUUUUUUAUUUUCUCAUCGUCUGAAAAUAGCUCGGAUUCGUAUUUUGCGAGGGUAGAUUGUGGUAAAAGAUACUCAAUCUCAAACUGAGUCGUGUCAUGGAUGGCAAAUUGUAUUUGCAUCUACGGAACAAAUCGGGGGAUAUAGAAUAACUACUGCUGACAGAGAAAAGGACAAAUGACAUAGGAUGUACACUGCUGGUCAUCUCUGUCUGUCUGUGCUGUCAUCCUUUUUUGCACUGGCCUGGGCUGUGGAGCCACUGGGUCAGGCUGCCCCCUGCUCCUCUCUGGUGGCUGGGGUCUUAUACGGCUCCUUCUCACUCAGGGACCUCUUUCCCAGGCCGUCCGCUCUGGCAUCCGGAUGCUCCUGGACUGUAGAGAACCCUGACCCCACCAAGUACUCGCUCUAUUUCCGCUUCAAUCGCCAUGCCGGCGCCUGUUUAGCUUUUUCCCCACUGGUGCUGCCCCUGGACCACUACCUCUCGAACCAGACCUGUGGCCCCCCAGACCAGCCCACCUUCCCCUCGGACCCUGAAGCCGUCGAGCUUUGCAUGGUCCCAGGACCCCACACGUUUCUGCAGUUCGAUAAGAACUUUGUGCAGUUGUGCCUGACCACUCAUCCCAACAAAGACGGAGACAACAGAGAUGGGCUGUCCGAGGGCCAGGCCCCCUUGUCGGCGGAAACUCUGGACUUCCGGCUCGUAGAGGUUCUGCUCAUUAAUAAUGAGAAUUCAAGUCAGUUUACGUGUGGAGUCCUGUGCCGAUGGUUCGAGGAGUGCUUGCACGUCGGCUCAGGCUGGGAAACCGAGAGCUGCAGUAUCACCCAGUCGGGAUGCGUGUGUCCCAACACGGUGCCUCCGGUCUCCCUACUGCCCACUGCUCCCCACAACCACUCUUUAGACCCCAGCGCGAGCGUGUUGCAAUCCCCACCCGACGACUGUUGUGUCACACAGCUGCAUUCAAAGAACGGCAUCGCUAUAGCACCCAGGGAUGUCCGGCAAGAACCUGAUGAUGAUGAGAAGAAGGUGAAGACACAAAGACCGCGAUCAGCUGACCAGCCGAGUGUGUUCCAGGCCCAAACAGGUGACCCAGCAGCAGAGGAGUGGUCUCAGUGGAGCGUGUGUUCGCUGACAUGUGGGCAGGGUUGGCAGGUUCGUUCUCGUUCAUGUGUAUCCUCUCCAUACGGGACCCUCUGCAGCGGCCCGCUGAGGGAAACCCGACUCUGCAACAACACUGCCACCUGCUCAGGUGAGCCGCAGCAUCAAGCAGUGCAUGGGCUGUGGGAGGAGUGGUCUUCAUGUAGCCUGUGCUCAGUCACGUGUGGCCGUGGCACUCGGACCCGGAGUAGGAUCUGUGUGCUCCCCCAGCAUGGAAGCAAGGGCUGUGGAGGGCCCGAGGUGCAAACCAAACUCUGCAAUAUAGCUGUGUGGCCCGUGGAGGGGCAGUGGUUGGACUGGGCCACCUGGUCUCAGUGCUCUGUUUCCUGCGGCUCCGGCACUCAGCAGAGGCAGCGGCGUUGCAGUGUGUCAGUUCAUGGCUGGGCAGAGUGUAAGGGGCCACAUGCGGAGAAUCGUGAGUGCACCAACCCAUCUUGUGGGGGUGGAGGAAACUGGGGUGCUUGGAAUCACUGGAGCUUGUGCUCCAAGACCUGUGACUCUGGUUGGCAGCGGCGGUUCCGUAUGUGUGAAGGCACGGGAAUCCAGGGUUACCCUUGUGAAGGCUCUGGAGAGGAAGUACACUCCUGCAAUGACAAGAAGUGCCCAGCACCUCAUGAAAUAUGUAAGGAUGAGUACCAAGUAGCCAUGACAUGGAAGAGAGCCUCAGCUGGAGAGACGGUAUACAACAAGUGUCCAUCAAAUGCCACUGGAUCUGCUAGUCGUCGUUGUUUGCUGGACGCAAAUGGAGUUGCUUACUGGGGUCCUCCGAGCUUCGCCCGAUGUGUCUCACUCGAAUAUAGAUAUUUACAUUUAUCUUCAGGUCUGUAUUAG